AUGGCGGAGGCCGAGGCGAGGGAGCAAGAAGCGGGGAUUAUUAUGGCCCAAGUGCAAGAACGCAUGGCGGCACUUGAAGCCAACAACGCCGCAUUCCAAGAAGACAGCCGUCUUGUAAGGAAUCUCCUAGCGGAAGCACAGCAACAAUCGCUCUCUGUCACCGAGGAGCUGAAAGCGGCCACCGAAAGAAACGCUUCCUUGCAGCAACAAGUUGAAUUGGCGGCCCAACAAAUUCCCACACAUGGAGCUGAACUGCAGAAGGCUAGGAACCACGUGGUUGAAUUGGAAGAUACAAUUGGACAAUAUCGCCAAGAUAAUCAGCGCCUUAAGCAACAUCUGGCUGGGAUCGAGGCUUCGCAUAAUGAGGAUAUGAGCGAGUUGCGAAGGGAGAACGAAGAGCUACAGCUUCUUCUCAACUCCAUGCAACAUGAGCGCGACUAUGAUCGAAAUUCAUCUCACGAUUAUCGAUAUGACAAGGAGCAUGAGAUCGAAGCUCUUACGCAAAAGCUCAACACGCUCUCCGAGGUCAAUGCCGAGCUGUUGAAGAGAGUCGAAUCGGAAACUUUGCAACGGAAGAGUGCUGAGGAAGCCUUGGAUACGCAAAAGGGAGUAUUCCAAGACAUCCUCAACGAUUCCGAGAAAGACGCCGCGCGGGUCUUUCAAAUUCAGACCAAAUAUCAAGAAGCUGCUAAGAAGUGCCAGGAGCUUGAGACCGAAUUCGGAAAUUUGACCUUGGACAAGUGUGCAUUGGAAGAGGCUCUCCAGGCAUCGGAGUCGAGCCUCGCUGCCUGCCGUGUCGCCUUGGAAGAAGCGGAAAGUCAAGUUGGAACUAGCGCCCAGAAGACGAACAACAGCCGCGAGUUCAGCUUGGAUGAUGACACGUUGCGAAGUUUAUUCCUCAACUUUUUCACGUGUCCGAUUGGGAAGCGUGCCGAAGCAGCCGCAAUACUUGCUAGCAUCCUCGGAUAUGAGCCGAAAGACUUGAAUACGAUUCGCGAUGCUAUCGGAAAAGACUACGGCGCUUCGGGGAAACGGGAUCCCGGUCAAAGUCUCGCCAAGCAGUUCGUCAAUUUCCUCGAGACCGAAAGCGAGAAGCCGACCGCCGUUCCGACCCUCCCGGUUCCAAAAAGUCAGCCGCCACGAGAAGCCGAACGGUUGAACUCUACGCAAGAAGGUGCUUCGACCCUGCAAGAAUUGCUCAAG